AAAUUUUUCUCCAUCUUGAUUGUGAAGAAAACGGUAACUGGUCACUAGUUCCAGUUACUAGGAACGGUAACUGAUCACCAGUUCCAGUUACUAGGAACGGUAACUGGUCACCAGUUCCAGUUACUAGGAACGGUAACUGGAACUGUCCCACCUCUACCACCAAAUCACCCAUCUAUUGCAACAACAUAUAAUAACAUCGGACUGAUUUAUGACCAUCAAGGUGAUUAUGAGAAAGCAUUGAAAUCUUGUGAAAAAUCUCUUGAAAUUCAAUUGACUUCACUUCCACCAAAUCACCCAUCUAUUGCAACAACAUAUAAUAACAUCGGACUGGUUUAUGACAAUCAAGGUGAUUAUGAGAAAGCAUUGAAAUAUUAUGAAAAAGAUCUUGAAAUCAGUCUCAUUUCACUUCCACCAAAUCACCCAUCUAUUGCAACAACAUAUAAUAACAUCGGACUGGUUUAUGACAAUCAAGGUGAUUAUGAGAAAGCAUUGAAAUCUUGUGAAAAAUCUCUUGAAAUUCAAUUGAUUUCACUUCCACCAAAUCACCCAUCUAUUGCAACAACAUAUAGUAACAUCGGAUCAGUUUACAGGAAUCAAGGUGAUUAUGAGAAAGCAUUGGAAUCUUAUGAAAAGGCGCUUAGUAUCGUGCGAAGAACAUUGCCGCUUGCUCAUCCUACUCGGCGUGUGAUCGAGUCAGCUAUAACGACUGUACGUGAAAAGCUUUCGAAGUAG